AUGACCGAAACGCCGCGAGAUCACGUCAAACACACAUCCGAACCCAAAAAGCGAAAGAGGAAUCGCAAGGCGCAGCCAGAUAAGAAGUUCGAGUGCCAGCAUGAGGGCUGUGGCAAGAGCUACUCCCGUGCAGAGCACUUGCAUCGCCAUCAAUUAAACCACACCCCCAAACAGAUUUAUCGUUGCGACUUCCCCGACUGCUAUCGGUCUUUUGUCCGGCAGGAUUUAUGCAUUCGGCAUAGAGAGCGACAUACUACCCAUGGCUCGCAAUUACAGAAACGCGAUAGCUUCACACAGGCAGCUGGCCGUCCGAAUAUAUCCUCUUCGCCACAGCCGUUGCAUGCACAGGAUGACCCGUCUGCUAUUCUGUCGCCUACAUCGCAGACCUCCAAGCCUAUUGCUCCUUAUGAAAGUGUAAAUGGGAAGGACUCGUACAUGUCUUCCAGAUAUGGCGGGGAUUCCGCCAAAACACAGCAAACCAUGUACGGCUCGGGCACACCGUACGGCUCUAACUUUCAAGGUAACUCGUUCAGCUCGAACAGUCUGCGAGAUAAUACAAACGCAAACGCAAACUCAACAUAUAUGGGCACGAAUGGACUGGGCAGUCCAACUGCAUACAUGUCGCAACAAGGACUAAGUAUGCCGGACCUUGGCUAUUCAAGCUCAGAAUUACCACAAACCCAAUACGUAACGACGGGGAUGAAUGCACUGGGCUCAGUGAACGGCAUGGUUCCGGAAUCUCGCGAAGGGGAGAUGGGCUUCGAUUCGUCGUAUCCGUAUCCGGUGUUCGGUGGUGAGUCGUCGUACAAUAGAUCACCGUUUGCUAUGGCAGAUGACUUUGCGGCAUGGCUAUUCAACGAGCCCACCAACACUUCUGUGAAUUACUCGAAUAUUAUUACAGGGUAUACUGAUUUGGCGCAAACGAACCCAAUAUCCUUUCUCCCGAACGAUCCUUCGUACAACGCAUUUUCCAACAAUCUCGUCUCACAACAUCCGAUGAGCGUCACCAAUAUUGUCGACUCGACUCCACCCGAAGCCAUGAUGUCGGAAGAAAAACGACAAGAUAUAUUACAUCUAAUCAGCACCCGAUUCAACGAGACGGCGCACUCGGCGGUAAAGACGAAAAAGGAGUCGCUCAUGGAAGGAAACAUCGAUGCGGAUGGUCAUAUCCUAAGUCUGCGAAUGAUGCAAACACCGGACCCCGUCGCUACUGCUGCUGUCUCUCAUGGCAAUUGGAGCGGCUACUCUCGAGAGGAUGCACGGACAGACCGUUAUCGACGGGGCGGCCGAACUGGCCAAUUUUUUGGCAUGGCAUAUCAGGCUCUGCUGUUGUUGGAAAUAUACGAGAAGGGCUACUCGACCCGAGCACUGCAUGAGCGGGCUCAUAUUCAUCACGAUACUACAUUGACGUUGAUGCGUCGAGGGAGUUCGUUCCUAGGGCGGUCUGCCUAUGAUACACCGGCUAGUUUUCGUGAUGAACGUGCGAAUCGAUCAGUGACUACGACUACGGAUGGUGAGCGGGAGGAUCCAUGGUCGUACUGGAUCAGGACGGAAGCUACACGACGGGUCGCUUUUGGCGCGUUUGUCAUGGAUUCAAUCCAUGCGACGAUGUUUGGACAUUCGGUCAAAAUGGUAGCACAUGAAUUGCGACUGCCGCUUCCUUGCGAUGAAGCCCUAUGGUCGGCCGGGAGUGCCGCAGAGGUUUCUCGUAUGCAGACUGUUCUACAGUCGAAUGGAGUCAAGCCGACCAUGUUCUUGGACGGGUUGAAGAAGACGUUGACAGGACAGAAAGUUCGGACAAAUGCGUUUGGCCGGAUGAUCCUGAUGGGAGGGUUACUCAGUGUCAGUUGGCACAUGAACCAGCGUGAUUUGCAAGUCAGCUCUCUGGGAGUUACCCAAGUACUAGGAGGACGCGAUAAGUGGCGAUCGUCGUUGCUACGAGCGUUCGACAACUGGAAGCGCGAUUAUGACGAGACUCUUGCCGAAUCUGGCCAUCGGCCGUACUCCAAAAACAGCCCUGGUUUUUAUCAACAACAUCUUUUGCCGUUUCAAGUCGACGAGGAUGAUACAUAUGAAUCGCGGACAGUUUUGCAUCAUUUGGCCCAUAUGGCUGCCCAUGUUGAUAUAGUGGAUUGUCAAGUUUUUGCGGGUGCGAGUCGGUUACUGAGUCGCUCCAUAACACCAAAAGAUUAUAGCACGGCACGCGAGAAGAUGACUGAACGAUGGGCUACCAAAGCCUCUGCCCGAGACGCGACCUUUUACGCAUUGAAGUUUCUCUGCCAUGUAUUACUGCAGCCAGCAAGCCCUCAGAUCAAAAAAGGAGCAGAAAAAAGACCAGGCUAUUCCGCCGUGGAAGAUUACUUGCUUCAUCGAUCCUGGGCUGUCUACUUCUCGGCGUUAGUUGUCUGGUCGUACGGCUACGCAUUAGAAGGCCCCGUCCCAUCACCGCCAGAAUUAAGCAGCGAAGCCGCACAAUUACAAGAUAUGCAACGAUUCCUACAGACGGUGGGGGCUGUACGUGAGCCCAAUGAUUUGGAGCAUGUCACCGGUCGGAACCAGUGUUUGGGACUGUUGUUGCAUCUGCGGACGAGUUUUUUGAAUACGCGGUGGGAGUUGCUUCAUGAGGCGGCGUUGCUGCUGGACAGUUGCGUGCAGAAGUUGAAAACCCCUAUUCGAUAG